GAACUUCAAUUAAGUGCGUGAAACAUGGCAAAUGCUUCAUCUUAUUUCGAUUUUGCAGGAGAGAUUGACUGGUCUGCUCUCUAUGGAAACUAUGAUGGGGAUUUGGAAGAUUUAGAUGCCAAAAUCGCUGAAGAGUUGCAGUUUCAAGAAGCAAUGUUGCUCUCAGCUAAAGAAAACAUCUCGCCUCCAUCCUCAACCUCAAGGGCCACUGAAAUCCUAUUGAGCUCAUUGAUGCCAAAGCGAAAGUCAAAAAGAUCUGCGGAAAAAGCCGGUGAAUCCUCCCGAGUCUACUGUGAGAUAUGUGUUAAUGGAAAAGAGAGGCAUCAAAUGUUCAUAAUCUCGGGUUGCUCUCACUCGUUUUGUGUUGAUUGCAUUAGCACAUACGUGAAGACUAGGCUGGAGCAACAUAUAACCAUAAUCAUGUGCCCCGGGGAGGGUUGUGGAGUCAUGUUGGAGCUUGAAGCAUGUAGGACUCGGCUUCCUAAAGAGUCGAUCGAUCGUUGGGAAGAUUUAUUAUGUGAAGAGCUACUUUGCGCAACGGGUGGGAGGCUUUACUGUCCUUUCAAGGAUUGUUCAGCUUUGUUGCUGAAUGAUAACCAAGGAGAAAUAAUAGCAGAAACCGAGUGCCCAAACUGCCAUAGAUUGUUUUGUGCUCAAUGUAAUGUUCCAUGGCAUCCGGGGAUCAGCUGUGAGGAGUAUCAGACGCUAAGUGAGGAUGAGAGAGGAAGGGAUGACCUCAUGGUUAGGAACCUUGCCAAGGAGCAAAAAUGGCGUAAUUGUCCCAGCUGCCGUUUCAUGGUUGAAAGAACCGAAGGAUGCCCGCAUAUGACUUGCAGGUGCAAAUUCCAAUUUUGUUAUGCGUGUGGAGCUGAAUGGACUCAUGAUCAUGGCGGCUGCCAGGGCAACUAAGAAAUCAUGUAUAGAGUGACAAGGAUAAGAAUGUGAAACAUCAAUUUUAGUGAAAUUAUUUUCAAUAAUUGACAGUGUCUCUUAGCAUCCGGAUGUAAAACAGUCUAUCCUGAAAUUUGGUUUAUGUUUAAUGCUCUGUAAACCAGGAAGCAUACGGUGCAAUAAAUGAUUUGGUACAAAAUUUGAGUCACUUUGUGAACAUCAUUUGGCUUUGUUUUGAUGCUAUCUGAAAGUAAUUUCUAAGAGAACUCCGCAAAAUUAACAGAUUAAUUCCACCAAGUGAAACCCACACGUCUAGAAUUCAUUUUUCUUUCA